GAGAAAGAAAAGAGAGGAAAGAGAUGUUUGACCACUGAGUUCUGACUGCUGCUCUGCGAGUUUACCUGGAUGUGAAAAGGCUCCACCCACUUACUCUCGCUGUCCACUGGUUCCAAUGGCAAAGAAUGGUCAGGAUGCACUCCCCCCUCCUUACUCAGUUGCUGUUCACACCCAGCCCCCCAACAACUAUUAUAACGGGGUGGUGUAUGGUGCAGACCCCCACAUGAAAAUCCCCAACCACCCACAAUACAUCGCCCAGCAUUCACCACCCGUGGUCCCCCCCCAGGUCACCAAUGUCGGUCCACCCCCUAAAGAGAAACAGAAAUGCUGUCAGAAUAAUGCGCAGGUUUACAAGGGGUUAGCAGCAGCCAUAUUGGUACUGGCAUUACUGGGAGUCGGCAUCUGGCUUGGAGUUCGCUAUGGCAUCAGAGCUGCAAACUCAAGCUUUUACUACUCUGGAGACAGCAAGAAUCCACAAAUCGCAAAUCCACAUUUGACAACGUAUGAUACCUGUCCCAUCAAUGCUACUCAGUGUGACGGUAUCAAAGAGUGCCAACUGGGCACAGAUGAAAUGAAUUGUGUGAGAUUUAUUGAGAACAAUGUUCUUGAAGUCAAGACACCUGGUGAUGGGCCCUUCCUCCCUGUAUGUUACAGCAACUGGGACAAGAAAUAUGCCGACCAGACCUGCGCCCAGCUUGGAUUCAGACAAUCCUAUUCAAGUAAACCUAGUCAGUUCCAGAGUACCAUGAAUUUAGAGCUGACCGGCACAUCAUCGUCUCCUCUCAUCCAAAGUUCGGUGAACAUCAGCUCUUCCUGUGCAAACCAGGAGACUGUCUCCCUGCAAUGUGUGGAUUGCGGGAAGCGACAGUUGGUAUCCAGGAUCAUUGGGGGCACAGCAGCUAAAUCCGGUGACUGGCCUUGGCAGGUGUCACUACAAUAUCGAGGAUCCCACGUCUGCGGUGGCGUUCUGAUCUCACAGGACUUUGUUUUGACUGCUGCUCAUUGCUUCCCAAGCCCUGCAUAUCGCGUUGCCUCAAACUGGAGAGUGUUUGCUGGUAUUGUGUCUCUGAUGGAUCAACCCCGGCCCUACUUGAUCGAGAGGAUCCUUGUCAAUGAGAACUACAACAGUGACACCAAUGACCAAGAUGUUGCUCUGCUGAAACUCACAUCUCCGGUCACGUUCAGCGAUACAAUUCAACCAGCCUGUCUGCCAAAUACAGGCCAGGAGUUGAAAGAUGGGACCAGCUGCUUCACCACAGGCUUUGGUAUCACUAAUGAAGGCGCAACGACUCCCUCCAAUAACCUCAUGGAAGUGUCUGUGGACAUCAUUGGCAUGACUACAUGUAACAGCCCGAGUAUGUAUAAUGGAGCAGUGACCAGGUACAUGCUCUGUGCUGGAAAACUGGAGGGAGGCAAAGACUCCUGUCAGGGUGACAGUGGUGGGCCGCUGGUGUGUCAGGGAGGAAGCCUCUGGUACCUGGUAGGGCUCACCAGCUGGGGAGCUGGUUGUGGACAACAAAACAAGCCUGGCAUUUACACCAAAGUCAGCAGUGUUUUGCCUUGGAUCUAUAGCAGCAUGCAGGAGGAGAAACCGUGAUGCCUCUUAAAAAUCCAUGCCCACAACUCAAGUCUGCACUCUCAUAAUAUAAAAGGCAAAACACUUGAAUGUGUUUUUCAAUGCACUGAUUCCAGUGUUGUGUUUUAAUCCUCUGUCUUUUAGGGGUUUCAUUCAUCUUAUUAUGAAAUUGAUUUAAAUUCCAGAAUUUGCACACGGAGUCACUUUUAGUGAGAUUUGGUCUUUUUUUUUUGGAAAAUGACCAUCUUAUACAUACAAUAACAUAAAUAUUUGAGGGUGUUUGUCUCAGGGCUACAUCCAUUUAAUAUUGUCUGAUGUUUACCCUAAUAAGGAAAUCAGUAGGAACCAUAAAAUAAAAUGUUUACGAUUUUUGUUUCUUUUCAGAAUUUCUUACUGUAAUUUUUGUCUUAUUUAUGUGCCUUUUCAAUCAAUUCUCUGUGCUGUAUGAACAAUCAGAACAAUCAUAAACAAAUAAAAACAAGCAUUAAGGAAGCAACUGGUGACUACUGUGAGAGAGAGAGAGAGAGAGAGAGAGAGAGAGAGAGAGAGAGAGAGAGAGAGAGAGAGAGAGAGAGAGAGAAUUCACACUGAGGUUGCUUCUCUACAUUUUUUCCGCCCAGAAUUGCUUUAGAUUCUGUAGCUUGCUUCUACUGACGGAUUAAAACAAAGUAACACAAUC